AUGCCUCCAAGAAAGGCAUGCGAUACAUGUUUUAGACGCAAGAUCCAGUGCGUGAUCUUGAGCCCUGGCAUCCCAUGCGACUGGUGUAGUAACCAGAAGAUCCCGUGCACAUUCACCCGAAAACCGCAAAAGAAAAAGCAGAAUGCACUUACACCCGAUGUAGUGUCUGCCUUGACUCGCCGAGUCGAGCAACUCGAAAAUGACCUGGCUCGCAGAGAUGUAGAGCAACAAUUAGCAUCGCCCAACACAGAGCAAAAAUCAAGCCCAAACUCGCAGACUCAACGAACGCCGAGUCACCUCGAAUCGCAAGUCGCUGAUUCGCCAACUGAAGAUGUUUUCUCCAAGAGCGCGAGCCGCACUCCCCGCCUCUCGCACCAGCAACUCGGGCGAAAUUGGUACUUCAGAGGCAUGCAAAUAUUGUCAAGAAAGGGACAGGACUGGAUAGAGGCAAAGACUGGACAAGCAUCGCCGUUGGAAGAGUAUGUGACAUUCGAGGCUCGAGGCGACCGGUACACCUACACCAACUCACAGGUCAAGCAUGACCUCUCUGCCUUGCCUGCGAGAGAGCUUCCCGAGAAGCGCGCAACACUGGCGAUAAUUGAUGCAUUCUUCGACUCAACCGCCGAUGUAUGCUUCCCAGUGUUGGAUCGCGCACUCAUCAGUGCAACUGUCGACCAGGCCUACUGUCCUUCGAGCGCAGCACAAUCGUUACCCGCCCAGGCAUGCGUCUGGGCCCUGAACUCAUGGACGAGAUUCUUCUCGCUUCCAGCUGGUCUUUUGACAGGUGUUGAUGUUGAAGCUUGUAUUGGUGAAUGCAAAUCAAUCCUUGAGAAAUGCCACUGGGAGCCCAGUUUAGAAGCACUGCAAGCAAUACUACUGCUGGAAUACCAGGGCACCCCCCUCAAUGUGCAGAGCGAUCCAUCAAUACAUGCGAUUGUCUGUCACAUGGUCUGUGAAUUAUUAGACUCUCAUCAGCAAGAGGCCUGUUGCGAGGACACAAUGAAAGACCGCAAACGCCAACAUGUUGACAACCUUUUCGACCUGUGCUAUAUCCUCGAUAAAAAUAUUGCAUUACGAUUCGGCCGACCACCUCUGUUGACAGAAGAGUACUACGAUGUAAAUCUUGCAUCCGCCACGCCUGGUUCGACGGAAUUGCCCCAUGACUAUCCCAGUGACCCGAAGCUGAAUCUCGUCAAAGAAAGAACGUGCCGUCUCCUGUACUCGCCAAAAGCAUCAAAGCUGUCGGACGGCGAGAUAUUGCAGUAUAUUCGGCAGCUGGACCAGGAACUCGAACAGUGGAGGCUUUCUGUUCCAAGGUUGAUACGUCCCAGGUUAAGCAUUCCUCCUGACUUUAGUCCGUUGAUCGGCGAAGCGACAAAGCGGCAAAAGAAGCAGCUCAUCAACUUGCAACUCGACUACCACUACACUUUGAUAGCUAUCCAUGCCAUGGUCCGGAAAUGUGGUGCUGCAAAUGAGGAAAUGGAGCUGCCCGAGGACUUGCACAGCGUCGUUCAUUCAAGUGUCGAUAUUUCCUUGGAAGCGAGCCGGUCGACCUUGACUUUCGUCGGAUUAUCUCUUAGACUAUUGGGGAGAGGAGCUUCUCAGUAUAUACAGUGGUAUGCCCCCGUGGCUGCCAUGGCGCUAUUCGUCAACGGCCUUGUCCAUCCGCUCAGUGACAGUCUGCAGACAGACUUGGGAGUACUGAUCCAGACAGUCGGCAUCUUUCAAUCCGUUCCGCUUGACACUCUAUCAUCCGCCGAAACACGGCAAAUCGAGACACAGAGUAAAUUCAUCAUGGAGCUACUGCGGCUGGUGAGUAGCGCCAUAUGGAAGGCAAAACAGGGCGAAAUGGACGUGGAUUAG